AUGGGUGAAUUUGGCUUCAUCACAGCUGAUGAUGUUUAUCAUGUUACAGUUUAUGCUACUGAUGAGAAUGGCAAUUUUAAAAUCAUUUCAAUGAAGAAUGUUAAGUUGAUGAAAGGUCCAAUGACACAGAUCUUUGGUAAAAGUGCGUUGACAUCAACAACACCUCAGCCGUUUAUGGUUAAGACUACAACCGCUAAGACAGGGACAGCAUCAGCUAAUGGAGAACCAGCUUGCGCUUCGUGUAGUUUACCUAAGAAACCUGACAGCACGAAAAUGAAACCUUCAGCAAUGGCAGAUUCAACUAUAGAUAAUCCACCACCAUUCAAAAUUUUCAAGAAAGCUGACACGUUCCCAUCAGAACCUCCUUUAAAAACAAUCGCGCUUCAACCAGAUGCAUUGCCACAAAAAAUCAUAAACGACAAUCGUGGAAAUUCAUUCUCUAGUGCUAGAGGUUCUAACUCACCCAAUGGAAACAAUCAAUUCCAACCCUACACUAGCACUAGUCGAGGUUCUUCUAAUAAUGAUAAUCAACAGUCACCCAACUCUCAACAAUUACCACUCAACAUGAAACUCAACUCACCGAAGUUUUUCAAUAAACAAGGAGGAAAUGUUGAAUAUUACAAUAAGAUGGAAAAAUUAAUGAAUGGAUUACUUUACAGAUUCAAUUAUACAACAGAUUUCCAAGGUCAUAACGAGGAAGGUGAUCGCUUGGGAAAUAAAAAUGGCGAAUAUUUCUCGGUGGGACGAGAUAAUAUCAAACGAAUUGUAUCGUACAAAGCGAAUGAAUUUGGUUUUAUGCCUUUCAUUAGACAGGAAACAAUUAAUCCGCAGUACUACGAUGAAAACAACAACAGACUCAGAGGGUAUAAUUUUGAAUGGUUCUAUCCUUAA